AUGGAGGUUCGUAUCGCCCUGCGUAACGCCGGGCAUAUCGAUCCCUCGGACAUUUACCAAUACAUUGCCAACGGUGGUUACGCCGCAUUGAACAAGGCGUUGACCGAGUUGAACGCCGAUGAAACCCUGGGCGAGGUAAGGACUUCCGGCCUGCGGGGCAGAGGCGGCGCAGCGUUCCCUGCCGGAGUGAAAUGGGGAUUCCUGGCUGGAAACCCCGAUCCCGACAAAUACAUCCUUUGCAAUUGCGAAGAAGGCGAUCCCGGCGCGUUCAAUGACCGUGGAAUACUGGAAAGCGAUCCGGCAAGUGUCGUAGAAGGCAUGACGAUCGCGGGGUACGCCUGCCGGGCCAACCGGGGUUAUAUCUUUAUUCGGCACGGCCACAACCAGCCGAUAGACCGGACGCGAGCCAUCAUCGAGCAGGCGUACGAUUUGGGACUGCUGGGUGAGAACAUCCUGGGCAGCGGAUUCUCCUUCGACCUCGAAGUGGCGCUCACCGGCGACUCUUACGUGUCAGGGGAGGAAACGGCGUUGAUGGAGGCCAUCGAAGGCAAACGGUCUAUGCCGCGUUUCCGACCUCCCUUUCCGGCGCAGGUGGGAGUAUUUGGUAAGCCGUCCAACAUCAACAACGUAAAGACGUUGGCGUAUGUGCCCGAAAUCGUGGCCAGAGGCGGCGAAUGGUUCGCCAGCAUCGGAACGCCGGGCAGCAGCGGCACCGCCAUACUGUGCCUGACGGGAAAUUUGACCUACACCGGUAUGGUGGAGGUUCCGCUGGGGAUGACACUCCGCCAGGUGUUGUUUGACAUGGCCGGCGGCGUGCCCAACGGGAAACGCAUGAAACUGCUGCAAACCGGCGGCCCGCUGGGUGGCGUACUUUCAGCCAGCGACGUCAACCUGGAUCUGGUGCUCGAUUUCGACGUAUUUCGCAACGCCGGCGCAAUCCUGGGAUCAGGCGGAAUCAUUGUGGCCGACGAGGACACUUGUGCGGUUGACCUGACCCGAAACCUCAUCGCCUUUUGUCAGUAUGAAUCCUGCGGCAAAUGCUUUCCCUGUCGCAUGGGAAUGAGCCACUUGCUGGAAAUACUGGAACGAAUCAGCCGACUGGAAGGGUCCGAAGAGGACCUGGCGUUGAUGCAGAACAUCGGGGAGAACAUGCAGGCCGGCUCAUUGUGCGGCCACGGACAAUUGGGCUUCAACCCGGUUUCAUCGGCGUUGCGGUAUUUCGGGGAUGAAUUCGAGGCCCAUAUUCGCGACAAACGCCACACCGGGGAUUGCCCCGACGUGGUCUACUCACCGCGCCUGACUCGCCGCGAACCCUCUUCUUCGACCUAG